AUGUCAGUUCAGGGAAACAGGUUGUUGCCUAAUUUUGUCAGGUGCACAUCCAAACAUAAUUACAUGGAUACCUCGCUAUCAGAAGAGAGUGACUCUGCUAGCAGCAGCAACGCAGAGGAGAAUCACUCCAAGACCGUUUACAAAGCCCUCUAUCAAUGCACAAGUCUGGAGUAUGACUCUGAAUUUGAUGAGGAACUCUCUGAGAAAGAUAUUGAAGAACUUUUGAAUACCAAUCCAGAUCUUUUCAAACACUGUAAACUUGUAAUGGAAAGACCCGAUAAGGCAUAUGCAAGGCCUCUCGACGAUCCAACACUCUGCAUCAAAAUCUGUGGUAGAGAAAAUGUGGGCAGGUCUUUGCCUGGAGAUGAAGUCUGUGUAAUGAUCUUAAACAGAGAACAGUGUCUGCAGGAAGGUGAAGUUUUAAAAGGGAGGGUUGUCGGACUAAUAAAUAGAGAUGAAAACUCCUUAACCUUCAUCUGUAAGAUGGUGGAGGGCAACCCAAUAUUUGUUACACCUGUUAACAAAAAAAUUACCAGAAUACGAAUAGUUCAAACUAAGCCUGACAUGGGCAAAGUUGAAAUACGACAAUACAAGUGUGGACGCUGGGAAAGAAAGGAAUUUGUAAACAUUGCUAAGAACCAAAUGUUGAAAGUCAAGGUUAUAAAAUGGGAAAAUGGGAAACCACACCCUCUCGGAGUGGUCACAAAUGUAAUUCAAGAGUGUGAUGCUUUGGAUGAAAUGCUAGACAUUGAAUUUGGCUGUAAAGACACACCUCCCCCAUUAAAACUACAAGAACCUGAAGACGAUAAAGUUUUACACAGGAAGAAUUUGUGUGACAUUAUCACUUUCACCAUUGACCCACCUUCAGCUGAAGACCUGGAUGAUGCCAUUAGUGUGAGAGAAAUAAACUGUGAUUGCUAUCAGAUCGGUAUUCACAUUACAGACGUCGCGAGUUGCAUUUCCAAAGAUAGCAAGCAAGACCAAUUCGCUAGAGAGCGUGGCAAAACAAUUUACACUCCAGAGAAGGGUGACGUGGCAUUCUUGUUUUCAAGAGAGCUGAGCAAUGACCACUUGAGUAUUUUGCCUGAAAAGAAACGGAAGGCAAUAUCCUUGCUGAUAGACAUUGACAAGAAAACAAGCCAUAUACUAAACUUAGAUUUUUCUGAAACCCUGAUUAUAUCCGACAGACGGAUGUCAUACGAAGAGGCUGACCAAAUUAUUCAGAAGUACUGCUCGGAUGACUCUGAGCCUCUGCGGUUCUCUUGCGUGGAGGAUUGUGUAGCUGUCGCUUACCGUUUCUCCGAAGAGCACCGAAAAUGCAGGCUGGAAGAUGUAUGGCCGUUUGGGAGGCAGGCUGGGCAAAGUUGCUCUCAUGCAAUGGUGGAGGAACUAAUGAAUCUCUAUAAUAGUGCUGCAGCUGAAAAACUCAUAUCUACAGACGUCACACGUGAUCUCACACCACUGAGGUGCCAUGGGGAGCCAGACCCAGAACAACUUACUCAUUUUAAGAAGAAAUACGUUAAGCUAAUUCCCAUGUCGCCUUACUUUUCAAGCAUCUGUGAAGUAGAUUCUGGAGAGCAUAGUGAAGAGCAUGUUUGCUCUGAUCCACAAUAUGAAAAUAUGGAGCACAAUGGCAUAUCUUUUAACAUAAUCACAUCCAUAUUUAAAAAGAUGGAAGAAUUUGCAAAGAACAAAGACUAUUAUAAUCUGAUGCAGUUAAUUUCUUCAGAUGAAAUCCAUCCGACACUUAUCCCUAUGGUUCGGGAGUUUCGUGACAUUCAAAAGAAAGCGGUCAUCCUUAGGUCAUGUUCCUCAACGGAUUCCAGGUUGGGUCACUAUGAUUUACGACUGGAUGCAUACACCUGGGCAUCAUCUCCAAUGAGGCGUUAUCUGGACCUUAUCUUGCAGAGACUUCUGCACACCACGCUUUCUAAGGAGAUCCUAAAGCAAGCUGACUACACUCAAGUUGAGAUCAAUAGGUUCUGCCAAACUGGCAUGGAGAUAGAAGAGAAGUAUGAUGCUGCCAUGGUGCAGCUACAAAAGGUUCAGUUUGAACCCAAAGAUGUGGUUAAGCUGGCGGUGGUGGACCAGCUCACUCCACAGGGGCAUGAAUUCACAAUAUCAUUCCCACUACAUUCUAAAUUAGACGUCAUCAGCAUCAUGUACAAGCAACUUAAAGUUGUGGAUCAGCCAAGAUACAACAAGGAAAAUAACUCCAUGACUCUUAAGUGGAAGAGAAGAGUGUAUUCAUUCAGUGAAACAUUCAAGAAUUCAUAUCCGUUAAAGCCCAUGAAGAAUGAGACAUCAGUGUCAAGCAAUUUGUGGAAAAGACUGGUGUCUGCCAUGAAACAGCAGGAUUGGGUUAAGAUUAAACAAUGCCUACAAGACAUGAAAAAAGGAGAGGAUAAAGGAAAGGAAAGUGUGACAAGUAAGGCUUCUUCAAAAGAACAACGCCAUUAUAAGGAACUAACCAUGAAGCUGAAGUUGGGAAAGGUUGUUCAGGUGCAGCUUGGGACUGAACUCAAAGAUGGCUUUCCAGUUCCUGUAGUUCAACUUCUCAGUGUUAAUCAACGUUUUGAGAUUUGUUUGGAGCACGCAAGAAACCCUAUUGAUUGUUUUUCCAAAACAGUGUGCAAAGCAUCAAAGCCUUUCUAUGAGAGCUACAAGGAGUACCAGAACAUCUGGAGCCAACUAUGUCAGACAGACACAGCUUAUAAUGCUUUGGAAGAAAAUAACAGCGUCAUUUUAGAGGCUGUUCGUAUAACAUGGAAUAGAGAUGAAACCAAUCUCCAAGGGUUCUUUUAUCUGACAAAGACUCAGAAAAAACAGUGGUCUCUGGACUUUAACCUUAGUAACUGCUUCUUGUGCAUCAGACUAAGAGAUCAGAAACUGGAGAACCGUGAGAGUGAUCCAAAACAACUGAAUAGUAUUGAAAUUUUAGAUCUGCAGGGUUCACUACCUUUUACAUGGGUCGCACAUGCAGUGACCACCAAACCGAAGAAACAGAAGAAUGGAGACAAUCAAAACAAAAUAACAUUUCAGAUCACGAAAAGAUCUAUGAGUUACAUCCCACCCAAGGUUUUUGAACAGGGAACAAACUUCACCAUUGAGGUCAUUCCCAAAAAAAUUCCAUAUUUGGUUAGGGAACAUGUGAUUGAAAACUUAAAACGGGCUAAUAACCUGGUGAAGAAUGUCGCCACUAAUCAUCGACUCAAAGAACUGAAUGCCAUUCCAUAUGAAAAUAUCGAAUUGGACGAUCUGGAUGAAAGCCUGAACCUGCCACGUCUGAAUCAGAGCCAGCAGAAAGCUGUUGAGGAGGCUGUGAAGAAACGUUUCACAGUGAUCCAGGGCCCACCAGGUACUGGAAAAACAGUGGUUGGUAUUCACAUUGUUUACUGGUUUUUCAAGAAGAACCAAGACUUUAUGGCCUCUUCCAAAUCUUUCAAAGCAAACCCUGAUCAGAAACCCCCAAAAAAGCCUGCCAUCCUCUACUGUGGUCCUUCCAACAAGUCUGUGGACAUUGUUGCAGAGCAGUUGUUGAAACUGAAGGGAGUCCUAAAGCCUCUGAGAAUCUACUCUGACCAGAUGGAAAUGCGUGUAUUUCCCUAUACAGACAGUGACCUAAUGCUUUGCCGCAAAUCCCUCCGGGAUGAAAAACCAAAAGAAGAGCUCAAGGAUAUUACACUGAUGUACCUUGUUCGUAAACCUGAGAAACCUUAUUCGAAAGAAAUUGAAAACUAUGAACGGAAUGAAUUAAAAGAGGAUGAAGUAGAGACCUACAGGAAACUGUUGAAGGAUGCUCAUAAGGAUGAGAUUCAGAAUUAUGAUGUAGUGUUGUGCACCUGCUCAUCAGCGUUGAAACCCGAAAUCCUGGCGGUCAUGGAUUUCCGGCAGAUACUCAUUGAUGAAUGUGCCAUGGCAACAGAACCAGAGGCCUUCAUCCCAUUAGUUUCUUACAAUCCACAGCAGAUUGUUUUGCUGGGCGAUCAUCAACAGAUACGGCCAAUAGUGCAGUGUGCACUCGUGAAAAAUAUGGGCAUGCAGCAGUCUCUGUUUGAACGCUACAUGGAUAUGGCCAUAAUGCUGGACACGCAGUACAGAAUGCAUGAAGAAAUUUGCAGGUUUCCUUCAGAAGAGUUUUAUGAAAAAAAACUGAAAACCGGAGCUGAACGAGGACCCCUCUACCUGCUUAACAAGAACGGACUGCCAACGGCGAUCCUGUUUGGCCAUGUGGAAGGAAAAGAAGACAGUUUAGUUGUAUCCACAGAAAAGGGCAAUGAGAACUCAGUGACCAACACCGAGGAGGCAAAGCAAGCUGUCCAUGUGGCGUGUCUGUUGAUUAAUCAGUCACAUGUGGCACCUGAGCAUAUUGCAAUUCUGACCCCUUACAACGCACAGGUAUCAGAGAUCAAAAAGACAGCAGAGACGAAGGGUAUUGGAAAUGUCACUGUUUGCACAAUUAUGAAAAGCCAAGGAAGCGAGUGGCCGUAUGUGAUCCUCUCUACUGUACGCUCCUGCUCUAUAUCUGAUAUAGAAAGCGACAGACCAAGUAAAGCCUGGCUUGGAAAAAGACUUGGAUUCAUCACUGAUCCAAAUCAGGUCAAUGUUGCCAUAACUCGUGCACAGGAUGGACUGUGCAUUCUGGGUAAUAGUACCCUGUUGAGAUGCUGUGAACUUUGGAACAGACUCCUGGAUCACUAUUACAGAGCGCACUGUGUGGUGAAUCCAGCUAGUGACAUUAAGGUCAGAAAACAGAGGAGAGUGACGUCCUCACUGUAAGUGCUUCACAUGGAGCAGGUGUCUGGUGGAUUCUCUGGCCUUCAUUUUAUCGUAUUCAGAUAUUAGGAAACCAACACAAUCUCAGGGCAAAAUCUUACGUUUUGGAAAAUUGGUGGAUAAAUUGUAUUAAUUCAUAUGGUCUAAUUUUAUAUGAUUCGGUGACAGUUAUGUGUAGAUAUGGACCUUCAUGCUUUCGUUUUCGCACUAGUUCUGUGCAAAUUCAUAUUAAAUUGUUAUGUUUUAACAUGAGGAAGCACAUGUUUCUGAAAGGGUCAAAGCACUAUUCAACAAUUAAAAAUACAAGCACUCAUUGGUGUACCAAUCAAAACCUAAAAUGAGAAUGCUUAAUGCCAGUUAAUUUAAAAAUCUAAAUGGAAUUCAAAUUUAAAUAACAGAUUGCAGAAAUGCAAAGUAA